CCGGCCGCCGCGUCCCGCCACUCCCAACAUGGCGGCCGAGUCGCGCGGCUAAAUCUCGCGAGAUUCCCGCCCAUAUUUAUACCGCACGGGGUAGUCGCCCCGCCCCUUCGGUCCCGGCCCGCCGCCGCCAUGAGCAGCAAGGUCUCCCGCGACACCCUGUACGAGGCGGUGAAGGAGGUGCUGCAGGGCAGCAAGACCAAGAAGCGCAAGUUUGUGGAGACGGUGGAGCUGCAGAUCAGCCUGAAGAACUACGACCCCCAGAAGGACAAGCGCUUCUCCGGCACCGUCAGGCUGAAGUCGACUCCGCGGCCCAAGUUCUCUGUCUGCUUGCUUGGGGACCAGCAGCACUGCGAUGAGGCCAAAGCCGUUGACAUUCCUCACAUGGACAUAGAAGCUCUGAAGAAACUCAACAAAAACAAGAAGCUGGUGAAGAAGCUGGCCAAGAAGUACGAUGCCUUCCUGGCUUCCGAGUCCUUGAUCAAGCAGAUUCCUCGAAUCCUGGGUCCAGGCCUGAACAAAGCCGGCAAAUUCCCUUCUCUCCUCACCCACAAUGAAAACCUGGUGGCCAAGGUUGACGAGGUCAAAUCUACCAUCAAAUUUCAGAUGAAGAAGGUGCUGUGUCUGGCUGUGGCCGUCGGUCACGUGAAGAUGACAGAGGACGAACUGGUCUACAACAUCCACCUGGCCAUCAACUUCCUGGUGUCCUUGCUGAAGAAGAACUGGCAGAACGUGCGUGCUCUGUAUAUCAAGAGCACCAUGGGGAAGCCCCAGCGCCUCUACUAGUCAGGCAGCAAUAAAUUUUUAGGACACCUACA